AUGAAGAUGAUCCAAGGAAAAGUUUCAACUUUGUUACUCCUAAUUAUAAUUUACGUUGGAGGAUCAAAUAGCCAAUUUGCAACUUGGCCCGGCCCUGCUGUCCCUCGUCCACUUUGUCUCUCUCAAUUUUCACUUGUGAACAAUGCAUGUCAAUUUUUGCCACUUACUCCUUUGCCUCCACCAGGACCUGCACCCGCACCUCGCCCAUUACCCACGUUCUCUCCAGCACCUGGUCCUGCACCCGCACCUGGCCUAGUACCCACGUUCUCUCCAGCACCUGCACCUCCUACGAGUCUUGGGUAUACACAAACUCCAGCAGAAGAGGAAUGCUGUAGGUGGAUGAAAGCUGUCGAUAGCAAAUGUGUCUGCUCUCUAUUGGCUCAUUUGCCUACUUUCCUUGCCAGGCCAAUCCAUCAGUAUACUACUUUGGCUCAUGCAACUUGCAGUGUAACUUUCACCUGUGGUUCCUCCGCAAGGUACCAAGAGAAUGAUCAUCAGAAGCCACCACACUCUCCAUAAGUACCGAUUAUCUUUAAUUAAAACGCACGCUAUAUAUAGUACAUGUGGCAUGGAGUUUGACGGACUCCUAUAUAUUAAUUACCUACUUUAUUUACAAUAAGUAAAGAUUUUUAGGAGGGGAUAUGGGCCUUUACCUCCUAAAAAUUUAAAUGUACGUAGUAUGUAUGACUCAUUGUAUUACGUUUGGUGGUUAUAUAAGUAUUGUAUGUCAUCAUUUGAAUAUUUUAAGUUAUUCUGUUACUUCAAGCAACAAUCUUAAUCAAUAUUAGCUGCAAAAUGUGCCCAAGAA